AGAGCAGGGGUACAAGGGGUGACAAGGGAGUGCAGGGGGAGCAAAGGGAGUGUAAAGAGAGGACGGGGGGCAGGUGGGCUGCCGAGAGAGCAUAAGGAGAGCAGGGGAGGCAGAAGAGGAGCAGCGGAGCCACAGAGGGGGCAGGGGGACUGCAGAGCUCCAUGCGGGUCCUGUCCUGCGGGAAAUAUGAUCAGCGCCCCCGAUGUGGUGGCCUUCACCAGGGAGGAGGAGCUGGAGGGAGAGCUGUGCAGCGAGCCCCCGCUGCCCGAGGAGUACUCGGUGCCGCUCUUCCCCUUCGCCAGCCACGGUGCCAACCCUUGGGCCAAGGUCGCCAGCUCCAAGUUCACUCGGGACUUCAUUCUCAUCUCUGAGUUCUCAGAGCAAGUGGGGCCCCAGCCCCUCCUGACCAUCCCUGAUGACGCCAAGGUGCCGGGCGCUUUUGAUCUCAAUUAUUUUUCCCUUCGGAUCAUGUCUGUGGAUUACCAGGCGUCCUUCGUGGGGCAUCCACCUGGCUCUGCCUAUCCCAAGCUGAACUUUGUGGAGGAUUCCAAAGUGGUGCUGGGGGACUCGAAGGAGGGUGCCUUUGCCUAUGUCCACCACUUGACUCUGUACGACCUCGAAGCCCGGGGUUUUGUGAGGCCCUUCUGCAUGGCCUACAUCUCCGCCGAUGAGCAUAAAAUCAUGCAGCAGUUUCAAGAGCUCUCUGUAGAGUUCUCCAAAGCCUCUGAGUGUCUGAAGACAGGCAACCGGAAGGCUUUUGCUAAUGAACUGGAAAAGAAGCUGAAAGAUCUUGACUACACCAGGACUGUCCUGCACAACGAAACCGAGAUACAGAAGAAAGCCAACGACAAAGGGUAUUACACAACUCAAGCCAUCGAGAAGGCCAACGAGCUGGCCAGCGUGGAAAAGUCCAUCAUUGAGCACCAAGACCUGCUGAAACAAAUCAGGUCUUAUCCCUACAGGAAGCUGCUGAAGGAGUCCGACUUCCACCCCUACGAGCCCGAGUGUGCACCGGGUCAGGCCAGCACCGGCUGCAAUCGGGACCUGACUACCUCCGACCUUGCCGAGCCUGGCGAAACGCGCCUUUACGCCCAUGUGCCGUCCUAUACCCCCAAGCUCAUCAAAGCGAAGUCUGCCAAAUGCUUUGACAAGAAGCUGAAGACGCUGGAGGAGCUGUGCGAUAUUUAUUUUUUCACCCAGACCCUGGACCAGCUGCAUCAUAUCGAGAGGACUUUCAGGGGUGACGUGUGCUACCUCCUGACAGAGCAGAUUAGCAGGGCCCUCUUGAAGCAGCAGAGUGUAACCAACUUCCUCUUUGAGGAUGUAUCCUUUCUGGAAGAAAAACCACCUGAAAAACAGUACAGAGGCUGCCAGGGGCUUAGUCAAGACACCAUUGAUAGAAAGUGUUCGGAAGAGUCCCCUGCUCCUAAAGUGGUCAUCAGCUUGGGGUCCUACAAGUCCAGUGUGGAGUCCGUGCCCAUCAAGAUGGAGCCAGAAAUCGAGGACUCCCAGGAACCCCAAAUGACUGAGUCUUUGACAUUCGAACACCAGGAGAACUUGGACUACCUCGAUGCGGAUAUCAAAGGCAGCAUCAGUAGUGGUGAGAGCAUCGAGGUUCUUGGAACGGAGAAGUCUGCAUCUGGCCUGACCAAGUCGGACAGCCAGGCCAGCCUCCCCGUCAGCCCCAGCCCCCAGGCGGGCCGGAGCAAGGUGGGCAGCCGGCGGACCGUCAGCGAGGACAGCAUCGAGGUGCUCAGCACCUGCCCCUCCGAGGCCCUCAUUCCAGAGGAUUUCAAAGCGAGCUACCCAAGUGCCAUUAACGAGGAACCUUACGUGGAUGAUGAAGAGGAAGGCCUCCGUUUCACUCCCAAACUAAGCCUGGACAACACUGAUGAUCAGGAAGAUAUUUUGAAAGAGGAAAACUUAGUGCAGGUUGAUUCUGCCUGUUGUAUCGGGAAGGAGAGUCCCAACUUCUUAGACCCCCUGCCUGACGUUGGGCAGAAGCCCUGCGAGGAGGAUGGAGUGGUCAGGAUCCCCCCGCAGUCGUACCGGCAGGCUGAGCAGGGGCUGCGCGGGAGCUUUGGGAGCUUCCCUUCCCACGAAGGCAUCUCGGGUGGGCUCCUUCCCUACGAGCUCGAAUCACGCUACCCAGCGGGCAGCAGGGACAUCAGUAAGAGCAGCCUGGAUGAGUGUUCGGACUCCACGAGCUAUAUCAGCAGCGCUGCCUCCACAUGCUCUGACAGGACCCCUUCUCCAGCUCAUCCCGCUGGGCAGGCGAGUGACAGGCACAAAAAAAAGGCUGGCCAGAAUGCGCUGCGGUUCAUCAGACAGUACCCCUUCGCUCACCCAGCCAUCUACUCGCUGCUCAGCGGCAGGACCCUCAUCGUGCUGGGAGAAGAGGAAGCGAUAGUCAAGAAGCUUGUGACAGCACUCUCCAUCUUCGUGCCAAACUGCAGUGUUUACGCCAAGCCUGUAAAGCACUGGGUCACUUCCCCUCUGCACGUUGUGGAUUUCCAGAAGUGGAAGCUAAUCGGACUCCAGAGGACGACGUCGCCUGCUGGGGUGAACGUUCUGCAUGCCUUGAGCCGAUACAGCCGGUACGUCAGCAUCUUGGACGCUGACAGUAAGACUCUCCGCUGCCCGCUCUACAAAGGCACCUUGGUGUCACGGCUGGCAGAUCACCGCACGCAGAUCAAACGGGGAAGCACCUACUAUAUGCACGUCCAAAGCAUCCUCACCCAGCUGUGCUCGAAGGCCUUCCUCUUCACCUUCUGCCAUCAUUUGCACCUUCCCAUCAAUGAAAGGGAACCAGAGGAAUCCGUUGUGCAUCGCAGGAUGAACUUUCUGAAGCUUCAACUGGGCCUUGCCAACGAAGAUAUCAAAAUCGUACAGUAUUUAGCAGAGCUGCUGAAGCUGCAAUGCAUUCAGGAACCCGGCCGGGGAGUGAAUCCCCUGCUCAGAUUUGACUAUGUGCCCAGCUUUUUGUACAAAAUCUAGCCCAGCACGGGCUGUCUGCUCGCGUUCUUGGGCUGACAAAGCUCAUCCAUGCUUGACAUCAACGCUGUCUGCAGUUGCUCUCGUACAUCAGGAAGGGGCAGAGGAGCCGAUGCAUUUGCAAGCGCCUCUGCUCCACAGAAAUCGGUGUUUGGGGAACCGGAUUUCUGUGUGGUUCCCUGUAGCUGAGAACGUAGAUGUUCCAUCAUGUAAACCACCAGGCACUCUGUUUUUAAAUGUUAGAAGGGGCACUAUUAAUCUUUAAAGAGCAUCAUGGCAGCAUCCCAGGGGGAUUAUGACAUGGAGAGAGAGGCGGGCUGUCUUGGGGAUCGAUACUUACUGGUGUGCAGUCGCUAAAAUAACGCAGCGCUCCACACGCUUCCGCCAGAGCCUUGGACGCUGUUGGUCCCUUUCAUGGAGCCAGGGUGGAGACCAGAUGGGAGGUGUAAAGGCCACUGGAAGUUUUUCCAUCCACCAGUGUCUCAUGUGAGCGCAACUUGGGAGCUCCCUGGCUGGCUGGCAGCAUGCAGUCACCUGACUGUGCGCAGCCCUAGUGGAUGGUGUGGCCUCCUGCAUCUUUGAGUUUCUGGCACUUCCCAGGACGAGUGGAGAGCAGCUCAGGCACCUGUGCUUCUCUGCAGAAAGCGUUUGCGAGUUCCUCUCACUUUAGUUAAAAAACAGAAGGUGGAAGGAGCCCGUAACUCUGGCGAGCAGCGAGGUGCCCGUGCUGUGAAUGUAGAGCACUGUGCCUUGUUAAUUUGUCCUGUCCUAUUUGCUGGGCGACCUCCGAGAAGGGUGGGAAGGAGAAUACGAAUCCUCAAAACGUAUGAGAUUGAGGGUGGCAUUUUAAAGAGAGAGGGUGACUGAGCAAAGUCAGGGGAGCCUCAUUUUAGGUGCUUUUUGUGAUGGAUAAAUGAACAGUGCAAUUCAGCUGAAGCUACGCUGGCUGGGGAGACGCUGGCGCUCAGGAGAGAUGGGGAUGAAUGUAAGGGAUUCCCUGUGGUAUCCAUAAUAGUUUGUUGGGUUUUUUCUUUGUCAGGGCAUUGACUUUCAUGCUUUGCAGUAACGCAGGGUCAGUGUUGCUGCAUGCUGCUUCUGGCCGAGCCGUGUCGUGUCUUGACUACCUCUCCCAGGGCGCUCCAGGAGCUCCGCAUGGGGCCGAGCUGCCUCUCUCUGAGCCUGGAUGCCGAGGACUUUUCCUUUCAAAGCUUCUGUGCCACUGCCUGUGCCAUAAAGGUUUUGCCACUGUGUGGUGACACUCGCACGUUGUACCUGUCAGUGCCAAAAACUUUGUGCCCAGGCACAGCGCUUCCCUCUGGAGUCUCAUAGCAGAUGCUGCUCCUUGUCCAUUGGUCCCAGUCUGUGCCCCAAUGCCGUGGGGCCAUAGCAGCCCCGUGGUGAUUCCUUGCUAGGAAAGAGAGAGCCUUACGUUUAUUUCUUUUUAGCACUGGUCUAAUUAUGGGCUGAGAGCAGCUGAAAUUGUACAAGAUGAGCUGAUGCGUUGUUUGCCUUGGGUUUUUUAAACCUCUCUUUAUCGUGAUGGUGCGAGGCAGUGCUGGAUAUGAAUGUGUUGCUUCUUCCUUGCCCAGGGAGGUUUCUGUAGCGAUGGGGAUUUGCCAGCAUGGCUCAGACCCCCCUGAAAUGCUGCGAGAACUGCGCUGCUCCAAAAUUUGCCUCCUGAAGGCAAGGAGGCUCCUUGGAGAGGCUUUUGUCUGGCAGCAGCAUCUCACUUCAGUUGCUGCCUCUUCCUCUUGCCUGGAAGGGCUCCUCGGAGAGCGUGGGGCUGUGAACCAGCAGGGCUGAAAGGCUGAUUUAAAUGUCAGUGCUGUGCUGGUGGCUGGCGGUGGGGCCAGCUCAGCCGGGCGAGUUGAGCUCGUGGUACUCGAGAUGGAUUUCCAAGGUCAGGGGUUGCUUGUGGUGGUGUUUUUAGGUUACGGCUGGAAAGCAGCAUGGUGUCACCUCCACUGAAGGUGGACCGUGCAGCUGUGAGCAGGGCUGCAUGCCUUUAAAGUGUGUUUAAAGGCAUUUUCCUUUCCUAACUGUGCCCUCCUGUGCGUGUGAACCAGGUCUGCUGGUGAAAGACUCCGCAUCCAUCAAAAACGCCUGCUUCCAAGUGACUUGAGGUGUCCCAUUGUCAAUUCAUCUGCACCCAAACGGCUUCCGCACUAAAACCGAGGUUCCUCGGGGGAAGAGGCGGCCCAGUCAAUGAGUAAUGCAGGUGACACCGGGCGGACUGAAGCUCCUCAUAUCCUGCCUGAUGCGCAGCUCUGGAGAAGGGCUUGGCAUGGGAGGUUGUUUCCUGCUGGAAAACGACCUGAUGCUGUUUGGGUUUGAGAAGGGAGGAUCGAACUCUUUUCCUGCUGACUCACUCACGUCUUCCUCCGGGCUGACAGCGCAGAGCGGCAGAGCGGGAUGGAUGGUUUGUGUUGGCUGAUUUCUUUGUCACAGCGGUCCCUGCCUGCGGCAUUCAGCUGUGUUCAUAAAGCGCUAAAUAACUCCCUUCUCACUCCCUACGUCAGACCUGUCUUGUCUGAUGUUUCAGGCUGUGUUGAGCAAUACUCGCACUACCCCCUGUCUGACCUGCUGCAUCUCCAUCCUAAAGCAGCUCUGAUGUGGGAAGAUGCCCUGGGGGUUCUGCUGGGAUCAUCAUCCCUUUGGAAACAGAGAGCUCUGUGCUGUCUGCGCCUUGGCUAUCAAGCAGGAGCUGCAGGGAAAUGGCCUUGGAGUAUACAUCCUCCUAAACCUGCCUCACAGCGGGGCCGCCUCUGAGCUCGGACUCCAGGAACAGGGCAGUUCCAUCUGGCUGUGGCACCUCGGUGUGGCUGGAGCCCCGCCUGCCCUCGUGGCAUGUGAUGUCCGUAACGGUGGCAGAAACCGGGGGAGUAUGAACGCGGCUGGUGGUUCAGGAGCUGAACUCCUCUUUGCUCUGUGACUCCUAUGUUUGACCCUCUGCUCCUGUAAAAAUCCUGUAUCGGCACUUUAAAAUGUUUCCCUCCUCUCCACUGGGUUACCUCACUAGUUUCCGAUGUUGGCAGACUUACAGUCUUCAUACUAAUGACCCCCGCGAGGAAUCUUGCUUCAUGUCUUUGCCGUGUGCUGCUGUCCGGCCGUCCUUCCACCACAAGCAGGGCAGGUUCCUCACAGCCAGUACUGACCAGCCCUCCCACACCGACCCUCACCGCCGGAGCCAGUGGUGCUGUGCAUGGCCGUCUCCUGCUUCCGUGAGCACUCCAGCAUGCCCCUGCCUCCGACUGCCUCCUCUCGCUCUGCUGGCUGUCAGGGAGAGCCAGCAGAGAGGAAGCUUUAAGCCUGACCAGGAAUUCAACACCGCAAAGGUCUCCCGUGGUUGUCUGCUCCCUUUUCCAACUCCUCUGCUUUCUGGUGUCGGGAGACAAGCGUCCGGGCUGCUCUACAGAUCCUGCUGCUUUCAGAUCCCACCCCAGGAGGGUCAGCCAUAGGAGUGGGCAUUAUUAACCCUACACAGGUUCCAUUUCUCAGCGAACAGAGCUCAGAUUUACUCUCAUCCAGUGGCAAUCUCUUUGAAGCAGCUCCAGGCUGCCUUGCCUUGCCUAGGGAAGUACUGCCUAUACUCCAGCAAUAUUCACCGCUUGGUACGGGGUGGGAGAGGUGCCUGAAGGGUAGGAGCCGGUGGCUCCAUGCCCCUAGGCAUGUUCUUUGGUUGUCAUUGAGCACUGGGGGGCUCUGAGACCCUGGGCUGCUCAGGGGUGAUGGCCCAGGCUGCGUGUUCACCUUUUGGGGUGCUGGGCAGGACCUGGAUCUUGUAGCAGUGCUGUGAAACGGCAUCAGAGGUGUGGUGGGAAACACUCCACGCAGUGCCCCGGCAUCGGAGCAACAGCCGCCACCUGUAUCAGAGGGGUCCCAAACCCACGCAUACUGGUCCCAGGGUGCGUUUUGACUGGAAGGCAGGAACAGGGUAGCCAGUCAUGCCGGCCACCUCGCCGCUGGCACAGGGCUGGGCUGAGCCACCUCUGAGGGCGUGAGGAAUUCUCAUCUCAUUUUAAAGCACUGUAUCCUAUCACUGCAUGUCGAGUUCCGUGUGUGUGCCUGUGCGUGCUGAAUGCUUGCGUCUGUAGUUAGAGCGAGUGUGACCGGGAGGAAUCCAAGCAUGUCUUAGUGUCGUGCCGUACGUGUUACUGCACAAGAGUUUAACAGAUGUUAACACAAAACGACGAGUCUGAGAAAUGUACUUUUAAAAAAAAAUUAUUUAUUUGGGUUAAGAUAUUUUUGA